ACGCACACACACACGUAGGUUGAAGAUGCACUCCUCCACGCACCUCCUCGUGCUCCUGCUCUCUUUGUGCGUCUCCUGCAGCGUCUUCGCAGUCCCGCACCGAGAUGACAAACACUUGAUGCUCUCCAAAGAGGACAUGUUGCACACCCCGCUGGCGGAGCUCCUUCUCUCGGAUCUCCUGCAGAUGGAGAACGAGGUUGUGGAGGAAGACAACUUUGUGGCCAGAGGCGACCCAGAGAAGGUCCACUUGGACCUGGAGAGAGCCACCGGCGACGGCAGCGGUCCACUUCUGGCGCCUCGAGAGAGAAAAGCCGGCUGCAAGAAUUUCUUCUGGAAAACCUUCACAUCUUGCUGAGCUCCUGGUGCUCCUUCUUCAGAACUUUGACAUCCGUCAUGACUUUGGAUCAAUUGUUCUGAUUCUUCUUGACCACUUUGAUGGACUUGUG